AUGCGAGCUGUAGCGGAAGUCCUUUGGACGGUGCGUCAGCGUUUUUCACCGUCCCAGGAUCGACGGUAUCGGUCGGCUUACAGUUUGACCAAUGGCAGGCUCAGACAUGGUAAAAAUUCAGCCUUGUCGGUAGCUGAAGGCAAGACAUUGCUGUUCUCGGACGUCAGACAUAAUGCACGGUCAAGAAUUACUGUUCCCCCAGUGCGGACAGAUUCUUUAAGUUCAAAUUUCGUCUCAGCCGAUUCUCACUCUUCGAUGCUAACGACCUCUGCGGUUUACCCGAUGGACAUGGAAUCAACCGCUGACCGCUUACAAGGAGUUAUGAAGACUGAACGUGGUAUUGUCACUGCGAAUUGCGAGAGCCUAACUGUUCCAACUGCGGAAAAAUCAUUUACAUUUGGCAGUUUAAAUGUGGCUGAAGCUACAAAA